GUAUUCCUUUAUGCUGCAGCACACCCAACAGGCAGGGCCCCGGACACAAUCAGGCGUGAGCUGGGCUACUACAGGCCAAAUUUCAUGGGCAGCCAAUGGGCAGGGUGGAACAUACCCGAAAUUCUCCCAGAAAAUCCUGACCAUGGUCCAACCCAUGUGUCUCGGACCAGAGGAAUCACACUGAUUGGGGCACGGUCAUGGGUCACAUUAUACAACAUUCCCAUCAUGUGCACCGAUGUUUCAACUGCUCGACGGAUAGCACGCAUGGUAAGUGCUCGCGGUGGUGGACUUCCAACAGUACAAUCGUUGGCCCUAUUCCAUGGCGAUGAUUCAGCUGAGAUUGCUUGCAUGCUCUUGGAGCCUAAUCGGAUUGGCCCAGACAGAGUGCAAGCACAGGUUGAGAUGUUGGCAGCUCAAGAGGGGUUGGAUGUAGAGAAGGGCUAUUUCACCGAUCUUUCACCAGAAAUGAUUGUGCAAAAGUACAUGAAUUUAAUCUCUGCUAGGAGAGACUGAUCAAACACUCGUUUGGAAAUUAAACUGAUUAUCAAAUUUCCGCUGACCAUAAUGGUCAAAGAACAUAACCAAAUAACAUAAACUGAUCAACUUUUUAAAUCUUAAGCAGACUCAAUUGGUAGCUACUUUAUGAUAGCUUUUGGUUACCGUCACCACCUGAUAAACGGGACGAAGAUAAUGGAGACAUAUCUUUCUAUUCUUUCUGUUUUGAGAAGAUAGAAAUCUAUUCCAAAAUUGUUUCAGGACAGAUUUAUUUUAUGUUUAUGUUUGUCUUUUCAUCCAAAUAUGUUUUUGUCACCGGUAUAUAAAACAUAAUCCAAGCUUAAUGUCUCUAGUAACCAAAAAUGUCCAAGAAAUGAUCAAAACUAAAUGCAGUUAUCUGUUUUUA